UCAACUUUUCGCGUUCGUUCCUACGAAAGAAGUUUGCGUUUUUCUUAAUAUCCCUCGUCGUUCCGUUACUUAGUUAGUUAAUACUUUACGCGAGAGUACAGUCUUGGUUUUGCGAAACGUGUAUAAGAAAAUUGCGACAUGUUCGAGGUUAUUUUCCACUUUCGGAGUGCGCCAAUGAAUUGGGCCGUGUGUCGUGUCUCAAAGUCGCGCCAUAUUACAUUUUCUUCGUUUCGGUAGUCUUUUAUGGGAGUCUGCGGUGUUCGUUACGCGGUGAAUUCACGGGAAAUUCGUGAUACGAUGUUCUAGGUCUUUCGUUCAUUUCUCGAGUUAACAAGCCGGUACGUGUUCGCGCUCGAUUUCCGCAGGUCGCGUUGCGUCGUAAACAAGGUCAUGAACGGAAAUUCGGCGCGUUAUACUCGUGGCGUGGUUUGAUUUAUUAAAAGGACCCCUCGGGUCAAGUUUCGCCGAAAUCCGUCGCGUAUUUAAUACAUAUGCAAUCGUGUGCGCGUUACUUAAGUAUCUACGUCAGUAGUGUCUCGUCCUGUGCAAAUGGAAACGUCAAAGUUGCGGUCAUCGUAGUUUCGGAGUUUCUGGAAUGGCAACUACGUAUUCCAUUGGAGUGGUGCUGAUCGUGGCCAACGAGAAUGGUCAACAUGGAUACGUCGCCGACGUUGAGUAUCGGUGGCUCGAGGGCGAGAGCAGCGCUUUUGACAACCACCGGCGCUGGAACCGGAAGCACUGAUAGGCGCGUCGUCUUUUUAGCGAGUCAACCAAACGUCGGUAGCAGUCACGAGACUAAGACCUGGCCGCACCAUUGGUCACCGCACACGACGGGUAACAGUUACAAAUCGCCGGAGGAGUCACCGCAUUCGGAGCACAGCAGAUUCAGAAUGACUCGGGGACAAACGAGUUGGUCGGACGAACCGUGCACGUCGACCAGCGGUCGGAACGCAGCACGACAAUCGGCGGGACCAUCGUCGAGGACGACGCCACCCAUUCUCGAGGAUCGCACCUCCGGUACCGCCUCGUGUAAAGGUGGCUUCAGGUUAGGCGUUUAUGGUUGGAGAAAAAGGUGCUUGUACUCGUUGGUGCUCACGCUGAUAGUCAUCGUGAUACUGAACUUGGCGCUCACCCUGUGGCUUCUCAAAGUUAUGGGAUUCAGUUCCGAGGGAAUCGGAUCCUUGAAGGUGGUGCCUGGAGGGAUCGAGCUCAGAGGUCAGGCCGCCGUCCUCGACGCCCUCGUGGCCUCGAGUUUGAGAUCCAGACGGGGGAAAAAUCUGGUGCUGGAGUCGUGGAACAACUUCACGGCAUCGGCCAGAUCGCAUGACGGACGGUUGCUCGCCCGGUUCACCGUCGGCGAGGAUCGCGUGGACUGCGUGUCGAGAGGCUUCCGGAUAACCGACCCUCAAGGAGGAAUCCUCUUCUCGGCGGAUAGGGAGCAGGUGGUAGUGGGCGCGGAAAUGCUGAGGGUAACUGGCGACGGGGGUGCUGUUUUCAAGACGAGUGUCCAAACGCCUCUGGUCAGAGGGGAUUCGAGCCGUGGUCUCAGACUGGAGUCUGCGACCAGAUCGCUGAAGAUCAGUGCUCCCCAACAAGUGGCAAUCGAGUCGUGGGCGAACGAGAUCUCGGCGUCGUGCUUGACGGACUUGAAGCUUCAAAGCGUGCACGGUGCCAUCAGGCUGGACGCGAAGUCUCUGUUCAUGAAGGGACUGAAGGCGGCGAGUCCGAGUCAGAGCCACUCGUCGAGAGAGCAACAGCAGCAGCAGCAGCAGCAGCAGCAACAACAACACUCAUCGAGGACGUCCGGAGGCCACCAGAGUCACACGACCAUCUAUCAGUUAUGUGCCUGUGCUAACGGCAAACUCUUUCUCGCCAGGUCCGAGGAAACUUGCCAAGCAGACAAAUCCAUUUGCUAAUACCGAACUGGAACCGAUCGACGUUUAACAACACAAUGAAAUUUCUUCGCGACAGUAGAGUCACCGGCUCCAACGAGGAGCAGCCGGUCUGCCGGUGAUAUCGAAAUUGUUACGCGAAACUGUCGUAGCGAUCCAUGCAGGUGGUGAUGUACAGUAGUCGAAAUCUCAAAGAUCGCCCGAGGCCUUCCGCUUUUCGCUAGUGUUUCCGUUUCGAAGUGAAAACGACCAUCUCAGUCGCGUUUUUGUCCCGCUGGAUGCGCGUAAGGGAUCUUCGUGAACGAGAGAGGACACGAAUUUUAUCUUGUAACUGUACAUUAACGAAUAUAAGAGCAGUGUGAACGAACGAUUUCUAGAAUAACCGAUACAGCGAGAAAUGUUUGCGAGAUGCAUGUUUAGAAUAUUCCUAACGGCGGUACUGAUCCUAGGGGAUGCAUAGUUCUUCCAGGUAUUGCGAAGGUGCUACGUGAACUUGUGUACGUCGACGAGCCUGUGCGAUCACCGAAUAGACAGCGCCCUGAGUUGUCCGCUCGUUCCUGUCUGUCCUUGCCGUGUCGUAAUGCCGAGUCCUUCGCCCAAUUUCCUCCUGCUGGUCUUUGCGUAAGAAGAGCGAAGAAAAAGAGAAAAGUUCGAAUUGACAUGUCGGUAGGCAACGAUUCCUCAGUUCCUUUGAGUCAGAGAAAGAAAUGCAUAGAAUGAGGAAUGCGUUCGAGAGGGAGGACGCGAGUGUAUGGAGACGGUGUACCUAGCUGCGUUCAUACUAUUAUAGUUUGAAAAUGAUUCGUGUGUGUUUAUUCGCCUGGUUCCGGAUUAGCGUGACACGUGGGAGCGACUAGAGGAACGUUUAUUUUGAAGCGUGUUUUGCGAUGAGAGAAGCAAGUGUAGUUCACUGUAAAAGGAUCCGAUUGUGUGAUCCAGCUUGUACGCUGUACAUCGGCCAUGUCCAUCUAUUUAUGUAUGUGGCAAUAAAGUCGUUAUUGUUACUAUUA